AUGGCAACCCAAAUGGCAGCAAUAAAAAAAAAGUUACACUUCCAAUUUCAAGAAAAAGAUGUUGAUGAAAAUUCUAUGGCAUUUGAAGAUGUCUACAUCUUCCCUUCAGGUGAUAAGUAUGAAGGUCAGAUUCUUCGUACUAAAAAGGGUGGCUUGGAGCGGUCAGGGUUUGGAAAGCAAGUUGCCAUAAAUGGAACAAUCUAUGAAGGUCAAUGGUUAAAUGAUGCCAUGAAUGGGCAUGGAUGUUUAAGCCACUCUUCAGGUGACUGCUAUGAAGGUCAAUUCUUAGACAACCAGUUCCAUGGAAUUGGAACUUAUACAUGGGCUAAUGGAGCAUAUCUUCAUGGAAACUUUGAACAUAAUCGAUUGGAAGGCAAAGGUGUUUUUACUGACACUAUGAACCAAAUUUGGGAAGGUCAUUUCAGUCACAAGCUAGCCACUGGAUUAAUGUUUAAACUGAAUAUGAAUUAA